AGGACCAGCACAGUAAGAUGUGGAAGAGAAUCAACCAUCAACCCAAGAUCAAAGCAGUGGAUGGACCUCAGGCAGGCCAGUUCAAGGAACUGGGUGCAGCUCAGGAGCCUGCCAUGCCACACCCUCUAGAGCUGUCAGAAUUCCAGAGCUUCUCUGUGUUUGAGGACAUUAGCCAUCGCAUUAAAGAGGUGGGGGCCCAACUGGUAAAGAAAGUCAAUGCCAUCUUUCAGCUGGACAUCACCAAAAAUGGGAAGACCAUUCUGCAGUGGACCAUUGAUCUGAAGAAUGGUUCUGGGGACAUGUAUCCAGGAUCCUCCAGGAUCCCAGCAGACACUGUCUUCACUAUCCCAGAACCUGUCUUUAUGGAGUUGGUUUUGGGCAAAAUGAACCCUCAGAAGGCUUUCCUUGCUGGCAAGUUCAAAGUGAGAGGCAAAGUUCUGCUUGGCCAGAAGCUGGAGAGGGUUUUCAAACACUGGGCUAAAUUUUAA